UCAGAGAAAGAGAGAGACACGCCGGCGAUAUCCGGUGGGAGUGAGGCAGAGGCUGUGUCCCGGGCACCGUCGGAGGUGUUGCUGCCGCCGCUGGGCUGCAGGAAGUUUCUUAAAAUGGAAAACUAUCAGAAAACAAAAAUCACAGAGUUGGCUUGUCCACAGCCAAUUGCCAAUCUUCCAAAAGAUACUAUUGAAAUGAAGGUGAAGGAAAGCAGCAAAAUAAGAAAUCUCGUGGGAUACGCCAUUGGCAAGAUGGAAUCAGACAGUACCAAAGAAAUCCUUUUCACCGGCACUGGGAAAGCAGUCAGCAAAGCAAUCAGCUGUGUGGAAAUCAUGAAGAGAAGAUUAAAAAACCUCCAUCAAAUUACCAAAUUGUUUUAUAAGCAGGUUGAAGAACUCUGGGAACCCAUUGUUUCUGAGGCAGGGUUAGAUAGUUUAACUGUAAAAAGAAACAUCCCUGCUAUUUGCAUUCUGUUGUCAAAAGAUGAACUGCCUACGAAUGAGCCGGGUUACCAACCUCCGGGAUCAUUUGACGCUUUCUGGAUACGUUCUUUAAAAGAGGAGACACUGGCACAAAAGAAGAAACGAAGAGGUGGAGCAGGGAUAGGUAGAGGGGGCAAACAGCAUGGAUCUGGAAGAGGAGAGAGGCCCAAGAAAUCCAGAAGCUAAGGAUGAUCAUAUAAUGAUCAAUCAUUUGAGAAAUGUUAUUAUUUAAUUCUUGUGCUUUUAUAUAAAAAAACUCUAAGAAACUUUCAGCAAGUGGCUCGUGUAUUUUGUUUUGCCAGUCUAUUGUUAUUUUUAUGAAAACAUGAGAUACUGCUUUUUGAUAUGGUCAUUCUUCAAGGCCUGUAAAUUUGGGCUGGGAGUGGCAAUAGAGUUUUGUAUCAUAUUUUUACACUAGAUCUAGUCCAGUUCUCAGCUGAUAUCCAGAUGCAUGGACAUUCCAGUAAGAUGCAUCGCAUAGCAAUUAGGAUUGCAGAACUUUAUUGAUUUCCCCUCCACUCCCACUGCAAACCAGGACUGAUUGUUGAACCUGUACUGCUAACUGGGUAAACUCAUUUGAAACCAGGGAAUCAGAUCUAUAAUGUUCCUAACUUUAGGGCUUAGCUGGGUUUAGUGUAAUUGCUACCUGAGGAUCUAUUUCCAUCAACAUCUCAUUUUUAAGUCAAAUGCAGACUUCUUGCAACUGGACAGAGCAUUUUGUUUUAUUGUGCUGCUUUGUGAGUUGCUAUGAUAGCAGUAAAUUGCAGUGCUGUUGUUGCACCAUAUCCCAACAUAAACUUUUUUUAAAUGUUGCCACACCAAGCCCUUUUAUAAUGCCAAAAGAUAGCUGUGAACUAUGUACAGCAAAAUUAUCCACUUCCAUCCUGUAACAAAGCAUCUCUUUGUAUGCAUCAAAGCAUUGCAAACAAUUAACAAAAUAAAUCCCAGGUCGCUAAGCUUGAAGGUCCAUUAUGGGAAUUGAUUAGCAUAUCUUGCAGCUAAUUAUUAUAGCUCUUUUGCUCAUGGUUAUUUUAUACUUGGAUUUUAUAGAUUACAUUUGUUGCAUUUCUAUCACAUUUUAUAUUUUCUAACUUGCAUUAAGAUGUGAUAAAUGGAACUGUAGUUUUCUCAUCCCUUAACAGAAUAUGAGCUAAAAUAUAAGGAAGGGAAUACGAGCAGAGUUUAGACUCCUUAGAAACAAAAGAAUGCUUAUCAUUUGAUUUUAAUGAGAACAUUUGCAGUAAAGAAGGCAGCUAGCUGUGCUAAAUUUUAAUAUUUGUGAGAUACAGUGACAAAUUGUCAACGUGAGCACGUUAAUAGUUAAGUACUUAGCAGCAGUUAGAGUCUAAUGGAUUGUACCCUUCCUGAAUAUUCAUAGAGACCUUGGUCAUUCAUCAAAAAAGACAACACUGCAGUAAUCUAUUCAGCCUUGCUAUCUUGUAUUUCAAUUAAAUUUCAUCUUCAAAGCUUGGUAUAUCAUAUAGCUGGAAAUAUUGAUAGUUGUGUGCUCAGGAUGAGAUUCUCCAUUUAUGUUGAUAAACUAUGUGCUUUCUUGUUUUUUUUUAAUGCUUGGAAUGCAUUAGUAUCACUUGCAAAAUUGACCCUUAUUUAACUGUUUGAGGUAUUAAUCUUGUGCAGAUUGCAAAGCAAAAAGCUAUCAAUACUGAAAGUCUGAAAUAAAGUCUGGAAAUACUGCUCAUCAGACAGCCACUUUGGAAAGAGAAAAAGAGUUAACGUUUCAGGCAAUGACCUUCAAUGGAAUUUUGUGAAGGGGUUUCACUUGACCUCCUAAGAAUAUUACAUAAUGUUACAUUGGAUGAUUCCAAUUCUUGUAUUUACAAAUUAUUUUUUAACCUUUUAUUAUGUGACAGACUUGAGAUUACAUAAUACAGAUGACCCCCUGUGUUACAGCUGUUUGGGUAAUGGAAAGUUAUCCUUCCAAAAUUCACAAAUCACUACCCAGAAAUUUGACAUGCUGAAUAAAAUUUGCUCUCACAGAACUUGUGUGAGAAAAUGUAAAUAAAUAAACCACAAAAUUUAUUUUCUACUCACUUGUGCAGGCGAUGCAGCUUCAUGUUAUGGAAAAUAGCGACUAUGGACUGUUUUCUAGGAGCGCAGGGGUGUCAGUAUUGCACUCUAGUCAGAAUGCAGACUUAGAAUGUAUUCUUCGAAGUAUGUGAUUUGCUUAGAUCUGUCAAUAUAUCAGAAGAUUCUAUGGGACACCAAUCGUGUGCAACUGUGAAGUUCAAGUGAUGUGUAACUUUUCUACUGAGCCUGAUUGUAGAUUGUCAUUAUUUAAAGUUAAUCAGAUAAUAACAUUUACAUAAUUUUCUCUUGGUUUCCUGCCUUACUGACUCCUUGAAUGAGUGGUCAAAGCAACAUUGUAGCUAGUUCUUUAUCCACUUGGAAGUCUCACUGAUGUUAAUGAUCUCAGAAAGACCUGAAAGUUUGAAAUUGAAAAUAAAAGCAGAACGUAUCAUCGAUGAA